CUAGUUUUGAGUUUCAUUACGACUAAUUAGACAGUUUAAAAAAUCUUCGUUGAAAAUGUCUUUACCAACUGCAUAUAUUGGCCUGAACCACAUUGACAUAGAAACGAUAGGUCAAAUAGCAAAUAUGAAAUGUAAAAUUGCUUUAAGUGACGAUGACUGUUUUGUGAAUAAAAUUACGAAGGGCCCACAGCUCAUAAAACAGUUGCUCGCAGAGGGGCGGGUAAUUUAUGGAGUGACGACAGGUCUUGGAGCGAGUUGUGAAACGGUUGUAGAAGCAGAGCUGAUGCAACAGUAUCCAAAUAAUGUAAUUCAAUAUCAUGGUUCUGCCCUGGGGCCUUUGUUUUCUCCGGAAGAGACACGUGCAAUCAUAGCGGCGAGACUUGUAUCACUAGCAAAGGGAAACUCUGGAGUCAGAAUGGAGUUAUUACAGGCACUGGCUUGUCUUUUGCAACAUGACAUACUUCCUAGAAUUCCACAAGAAGGCAGUGUCGGUGCUAGUGGUGAUCUUUCACAUUUGUCAUACAUUGGAGCUGUUAUCUGCGGCUUUAGAACAGUAAACUACUUGGGAAAGGUCAUGAAAACAUCGGAGGUCCUUGAAAUUGUUGGUGCCAAACCAAUAGUACUUGAGUAUAAGGAGGCGCUCGGCAUUAUUAACGGUACUUCAGCUAUGACAGGUGUUGCUAUUUUAGCGUGGCAACGAGCGCAGAGAUUAUCGCAAUUGGCAACAAGAGUAACAGCCUUGGCGAUUACUGCGCUCAAAGGCAAUCGCUAUCAUUAUGAAAAAGAGUUAUUUGAAGUUAAAAAUCACAAGGGCAUGCAAUUAGUGGCGGAAAGAAUACGCUCUGACUUAUCAAUCUCGGCUCCCGAGUACCAUACCAACGAAAGAAUUCAAGAUAGAUACAGCACUAGAUGUGCACCGCAUGUGAUUGGUGUUCUAGAGGAUGUUUUAUCAUUUACAAAAGGUGUCAUUGAGACUGAAUUGAACAGCACGAAUGACAAUCCCGUAAUAGAUGUAAAUGUUGGAAGGGUUUAUCAUGGAGGAAUGUUCUAUGGAGGUCAUAUAGCUAUGGCUAUGGACACUCUAAAAGUACAGGUGGCUAGUGUAGCCGAUUUGUUAGAUCGACAAAUGGCUAUUUUAGUAAACACUAAUUAUAACAACGGUUUACCGGCAGACUUAACCGGCGCAACAGGAUCACGGAAGGCUAUUAAUCAUGGAUUAAAAGGACUUCAAGUAACAAUGUCAGGGUGGACAGCCGAAGCGUUGAAGAUGUGCAUGCCAGCCACAGUGUUUAGUCGAUCGACCGAAAGUCAUAAUCAGGACAAAGUUAGCAUGGGUACAAUUGCAGCCAGAGACUGUAGGAGAGUUAUCGAAUUGACUGAACAAGUGGUGGCAGGAAUGCUGAUAGCUGUAAGACAGGCAUUGGAUUUACGUUUGAAACAAGGAGAAGCAAUAAGUAUUUCUGAAUCGGCAGAUAGUUUCUUAAAACUGAUCAGCAACGAUGUUGCAGAGUUUACUGACGAUAUAUUUCUUGAGCCGAUAUUACGUAAAUUGAUCGAGUCGAUUAAUGAAAUGCCACACUCAAUUUAUUGAUGUUUGAAGUCGAAAAGUAAAGUCUUAAUGACAAGAAAAGAA